CCGACCGUAGCAGAUAAUCACAGGCCACUGUGAGAGGGACACACCUUCCGCUGAUUUCGCUUCGGUUCACACGGGGAUGCGUUUUGAUUCACGAAAAGGCGUCGUCAGUGCAAGAUUCAAGUCGUGUUACAACUUGCGGUUUUUGCGUUUUUUGCGCGUAAACUGAAUCUGCUCCGUUUCGCACUGAAGAUGACCGGGGUUUUUGAGAACUUAAAUACUGAUAUGCAUUCGAACCAGAUUACCUCAACCAAUUACCACAGCUUGCACAAAUCGCAAGAGUCCCCAACUCUGCCUGUGUCCACGGCGACGGACAGCAGUUACUACAACAGCCAGCAGCCGGGCCAUUGCGCGGGGUCUCCAUUUGGCCAACUGGGCUCCUACCAGUACCACGGCAGCGCGACGAGCACUGUGCCAUAUAAUGCAAAGUCAUACGACAUUAGUUUUAGCUCAUCUUAUGCCGCAUACAGCUCCUACGGCUCUAACUCCUCUCCUACUCCAGCCGACACAGAGAAAGAAGAGAGUGAGCCAGAAAUCCGGAUGGUUAAUGGAAAACCAAAGAAGGUCAGGAAACCUCGAACCAUUUAUUCUAGCUUCCAGCUGGCUGCACUUCAACGAAGGUUUCAGAAAACACAGUAUUUGGCUCUACCAGAACGGGCCGAGCUGGCAGCCUCACUGGGCCUUACGCAAACACAGGUCAAAAUAUGGUUCCAAAACCGCCGCUCCAAGUUCAAGAAGUUGUGGAAAAGUGGAGAAAUCCCCCCAGAGCAACAUGUUGGUUCCAGUGAAUCUCCCCCCUGCACGUCUCCACCAACUACUGCCUGGGACUUUCCACAGACUCAAAGAAUGAACAGUGUCAACUCCAGUUUACCUCAGAGCAGCAGCCCGCCCAACACGACUGCGCCUUCGUCGUUUUUGGCAAACUACUCCUGGUACUCACCCACGAACUCUACGACGCAUCUGCAGCCUCCUCUGGUCCAGCACCACCACAACUCCGCCAUAAGCGCUGGGACAAUAUUCUGAAACAAAACAGCAUCGGGUUGAAAUCGGACAAUACUGGUGAAAAAAAAAAAAAAAAAAAGAAAAUUACCAAUACCUUCAUUUUUACAGACCUCGUGUGUGCACCGUGCGAACUUUACGCAAGCAUCUAUAGGAGAAGUUAAUGGAGCCAGACAGAUUCAUGGACCUUGCCAGGUUGCGCACUGGCAAAUGGUAGACACAGAUUUCUACAGUUAUUUUUGUAUUUAUUUAUUUUGUUUAUGUCGAGGGAUGAAUGAACCACUAUACCCAAAGCAAUCACAGCCUGGGCGCGAGCCUGUUUUUACGCGGACGUCACUUUCUGCCAUUCCUGCAAAAUCAAAUAUUAAUUGCAGGACAACCUGUCACAAUGUAGCACAAGUUAACUGUAUCGUGCCUUUUCAAUAUGACCUCAUUUUGUUGUGCGAUGAAAAGCUUAACUUUAUCCAUUCCUCGUGUUAGUUGAUUUUCAAUAUAUCGAGGGUACGUGUCCACGUUUGUAAAUAUUUUACCACAGCUUUUUAAUAGCCCAUGUCGCUUUGACUCCUUUUUUUUAGGCUAUUGGUGCAAAUCUAUUAACCACCGUAAGCUACUGAUUGUCUUACCCUCUGAUUUACUUGUAUCACAUUUAUUUGUAUUUUUGUCUUAUUUAUUUUAGCAGUGUUUCAUAUAUGGCCAGACGUUAUUUAAAUAAAAUGUUUUCUGUGCAAA